AUGCCUCUCCUUCUUAUGGGACCACUCCGCGAGUUCUGCCAACUUGUCAUGGCAGAACCAGCCAAGCUUUUGGAUUUGAAUUUCCUUGCCACUCAAUACCAUCAAAAGUUUAGACUAACUAUGGACCAAACUUACCUCAUGAAGAAUUUUACCAAUGCGCUGCCAAUUUCUUCAGUGAUUGUUUACUUGUUCAUUGUUUUUGUUUUGCCAAAAUUGUUGCCAGUCCCAGCUAAGGAUGCAAAGAGACCAAUCUUGAAGAUGGUCAUGUUCUUGUGGAAUUUAUUCUUGAGUGUUUUGAGUUUGGCCAUGUUGUUGGGUGCUGCUGUUCCAUGGUUUACUUAUUUGAAGAAUGAUUACGCUUGGGAUUUACCAGGUUUGAUUUGUGAAGAGAAGCACGUGUUAGGUCCUGAAGAAGGUCUCCCACACAUUGUUUGGGCCUACAUUUUCGCUCUUUCCAAGUACUUGGAACUCUUUGAUACUGUCUUGUUGGUUAUCAAGCACCCAGAUCGUAAGGUUCCAUUCUUGCACUGGUUCCACCAUUUGACUGUUUUGCUCUUCACUUGGUAUGCUGUCUACACUCAAUAUGCUACCAAGUUGGAACUUUUGUUGACCAUCGGUCAAAUUACUCAAAUGAUUUUGGGUAUUGUUUUCAAUUCCAUCUUUGCUUACAAGUUCUUCAAGAAUAGAGAUGCUGGUGUGCCUGCAGAGAAGAAUUGUCGUUGUGAUGCUCCAUACGAAAUUAUGUUGAGCUGUGUUGCCAUGUAUGGUGCUUAUUUGUACUUGUUUGUUGACUUCUUUGUUAGAAAAUACUUUGGUGCUCCAGCUGCCACUUCUGGAAAGAAGAAGAAUGAGUAA